CUGAUGGACGAAUCAAUCCUGAUUGUCGGAGCCGGUACCUUUGGCUUGUCGACAGCUCUUGACCUCGCGCAGAAUGGCUACCGCCACAUUACCGUGUUGGAUAGAGCCCCGGAGAUUCCAUCCUCCUAUUCGGCAGGCUGUGACCUCAACAAGAUAGUCCGGGCCGAGUACGAAGAUGGCUUCUACACCGAUCUCGCCUUGGAAGCCAUCAAGGCCUGGAAAUCACCGUUCUUUGCACCCUACUACGCAGAGACGGGUCUCAUCAUAGCCAACUCACCGAGCGCUGAAGAAAAGGCACGCAGCUCGCUCACUAAAUCCUUUUCCUCGAUUGCACACCACCCGGGCUUUCCUUCGGGCUCGUUCCGACUCAUUGGGGCUGGUCAAAAUCAAGAUAUGCGGCCGCUUGCUCCUCAGAUUACAGGUUCCGCCUUGGAUGAUUGGACUGGCUACUUCAACAAAUACGGAGGCUACGCUCGAGCUAGUCGCGCAAUGGUCAAGAUCCACAGCGAAUGCGAACGUCUAGGCGUGCGCUUUAUCCUUGGAGAGCAACAAGGCCACGCUACCAGGCUCUUGUUCCACGGCAAGCGCUGUAUCGGCGUCGAAACGGCGUCUGGCAAAGAGCACAAGGCAACUCGUGUAAUCCUCUGCCUCGGUGCUCAUGUCGCUCGUCUGCUCCCGUCGAUUGCGCCUCAAAUAGUUGCAAAGGCAUGGUCAGUUGCACAUCUCCAGCUCUCGCAGGAGCAGGCAAAAGCCAUGGCCGGCGUUCCUGUUGUCAACUGCCGGGACCUUGGUUUCUUCUUCGAGCCGGAUCCAGAGACUUGCUUGCUGAAGCUGUGUGCUCACAGUGCCGGCCUCACCAACUAUGAGACAAUUGCAGCCGAGGUUGACAGUCAGAUGAGCGUCCCUACCAGCUCCGGCUCUAGCAUAUCUGACUACCGAGGUCGGAUCCCACGAGAAGACGAGGACAAGAUUGUGAAGCUCAUCGCCGCGACUAUGCCUCAAUUCUCGUGCCUUCCGCUGACGCGCAAGUUCAUUUGCUGGUGCGGCGACACGGCGGAUUCCAACUACAUUAUCGAUUACGUUCCCAACACCGACUCGCGCUCCCUGAUGGUCUUUUCUGGAGACAGUGGGCACGCCUUCAAGAUGCUGCCGAUUGCAGGGAGGUGGGCACGACAGGUGUUGGAGAAGGGAGUGCAGGAAUUGGAUCGAUGGAAGUGGAAAGCCACGCCAGAUGGGGAUACGAAUGACAUUCACUGGAGAGUAGGAAGUGUGAGAGAUGUCAAAGGUGUGGUGGACUGGGUGGCAGAAGAUGAAUGCCUUCAUACGAAUACCAUUUCGACUUCGAGACUCUAA